GGGGAUCAAAAAAUGGGUGUUCAGAAAUGGGCGCGUACACAGCUUGUACUUGGAAGUUUUUUUUUUUUUGAUCAUGCUUGUACUUGGAAGUUGGAAAUUGGAACUGGAGGACUGGGGAUCACUCUGGUUCGGUUCAGACAGGUUAAACCGCUGACGAAUUAGCUCUGGCACUCUCUGUUUGCUUUAUGGACAGCCCGGUAUCAUCGUCCAGUUCGUUCCAGUUUCCACAGUCGCCGAGUCAAGGCUGCUCAACACAUAUCUCCUGAACCAAGUUCAGAUCCAUCAUCCAUUCCGCGUCACUACGGCCACAAUCUCCCCGCCGAUUGCCAGCAAACUUUGCUCUUCCCUCAAUCGUUUCGGUCUGAAAUCAAACAGUUACGUAAUCCACAGCUGCUCGGUUUUCUACUCCUCUAGCCGAAGGCCGCCGAUGUCUUCAUCGUCCGGCAGCCCUUCUUCUGCUAUUGAGACAUCCAAAAAAGAAGAAGAAGACGUCGAAUCCGUCCGUCGAGAUAGAAUCCUCUCGAGCAAGCUCUAUUUCGACGUGCCUCUGUCUAAGGCUCCAGUUAUCUACUCGUCUUCAUACGACAUUGCCUUUCUUGGCCUAGAAAAGCUGCACCCAUUUGAUUCUUCUAAAUGGGGUCGCAUAUGCAAGUUUCUAACUGAAGAUAAAGUCCUGGAGAAGAAGCAAAUAGUUGAACCUCUGGAAGCCACCAAAGAUGAUCUCCUAGUGGUACAUUCAGAGUCAUACUUGGCUAGUUUAAAAAGCAGCUUAAAUGUGUCUAUGAUUGUUGAGGUUCCACCGGUUGCACUUCUACCUAAUUGGCUUGUGCAAAAGAAAGUCCUUCAGCCUUUCCGCAAGCAGGUCGGAGGAACUGUUUUGUCUGCUAAGCUUGCAAAAGAACGUGGAUGGGCAAUCAAUGUGGGUGGUGGGUUUCAUCAUUGCUCUGCACAGAAGGGGGGUGGUUUUUGUGCUUAUGCAGACAUCACUAUAUGCAUUCAGUUUGCCUUUGUCUCUUUAGAUAUAUCAAGAGUGAUGAUUAUUGAUCUGGAUGCUCAUCAAGGAAAUGGUCAUGAAAUUGAUUUUGCAAACGACGGAAGGGUCUAUAUUCUUGACAUGUAUAACCCUGGCAUUUAUCCAAUGGAUCUUGGAGCCAGGAGAUACAUUGAUCAGAAGGUUGAAGUUCAGAGUGGGACUGAGACCGAAGCCUACUUGAGUAAAUUAGAUGAAGCACUUGAGGUUGCUCAGCAUAGAUUUAACCCCGAGUUAAUUGUGUACAAUGCUGGCACUGAUAUAUUGGAAGGCGAUCCUCUUGGAAGAUUGAAGAUUAGUCCGGAAGGAAUAGCCGCGAGGGAUGAAAGAAUAUUCAGAUUUUCUCGCGGGAGAAAUAUCCCUCUUUUGAUGCUUACAUCAGGCGGUUAUAUGAAGUCCAGUGCUAGAGUUAUUGCCAAUUCAAUCAUAAACCUGUCCAGGAAGUCCUUGAUAGACAUAGGGGCUCGUGUGCUAUAGGAGAACAUAGACCCUUUGUGCCCACUUUUAAGGUGUUGUGCAUAGUUUCAGUGUCAAACUGUCAAGAAUACCAAGUACUAACCUUGAUCAUGUAUUGAUGCCAACAAAGCAACCAAGUUAAUAACCAUUUAGUUGUACGGUCAUGAUGACAGGGAGUGUCUGCUUCUUUGCGUGCUUCUAAGAGAUAUUUUAAAAGUAGAAGUUAGUUUUGGCAAAUAAAAGUAUUUUGAGUGUAUUGGUUAGGCAAAAGUUGAUGAAAUAAUGAAUACGGAGUAACAGUUUUUAAGCAAACGUUUCUAAAGCAACUCAGGGAGAAGCUAGCUAGUAGGCAGUAGCUACCAGUUAGCUAACAACUUGUAAUUUGUAUCUUGGAAAUUACAAAUGAUAAGUGUGAUAAAUAUUACUCCCCCCUCAUAAAAUUUGGCUCAUUUGAUUUUUUA